UCCCAUGUGAUAGCGCAAGCUCCUUCACGUUCACAUUCACACUAUUUCACGCAUUUCAUUGUACUAGCACUGGCGAGACAACGUGCGGUCACGGUGCGACGAUUUUCAAUUACUUUUACGACUCUGAUCUCUUAACCAACGGCUUCUUUCCAUAGAUAAAGAUGUACAGAUUACCAACUGUUUUGCGUAACGCAGCUUCGCGCCAAUUACAAAUUCGUUCCUAUGCCAAAGAUGUACGCUUUGGAGCUGAAGUUAGGGCACUCAUGUUACAAGGUGUAGACAUUUUAGCUGAUGCAGUUGCAGUAACAAUGGGUCCAAAGGGACGUAAUGUUAUCUUGGAACAAAGUUGGGGUAGUCCAAAGAUUACCAAAGAUGGUGUAACAGUGGCUAAGGGUGUAGAGUUGAAGGAUAAAUUUCAAAAUAUCGGGGCAAAGUUGGUACAAGAUGUAGCUAAUAACACAAACGAAGAAGCAGGUGAUGGAACAACCACAGCUACAGUUUUAGCGAGAGCUAUUGCUAAAGAAGGCUUUGAAAAAAUUAGCAAAGGUGCCAAUCCUGUAGAAAUCAGAAGAGGUGUUAUGUUAGCAGUCGAUAAAGUUAAAGAAGAACUAAAGGCUCUAAGUAAACCGGUAACAACUCCAGAGGAAAUUGCUCAAGUAGCAACUAUUUCAGCUAAUGGGGACAAAGCCAUUGGUAAUCUUAUCUCCGAUGCCAUGAAAAAAGUUGGAAAGGAAGGUGUUAUUACAGUAAAAGACGGUAAAACGCUGCACGACGAACUGGAAGUUAUAGAAGGAAUGAAAUUUGAUAGGGGUUACAUAUCUCCCUACUUCAUAAAUUCUAGUAAAGGAGCAAAAGUUGAAUUUCAAGAUGCACUUUUACUCUUCAGCGAGAAAAAAAUAUCAUCUGUACAGUCUAUAAUUCCAGCAUUGGAAUUAGCAAAUUCGCAACGAAAACCGCUUGUCAUUAUAGCCGAAGAUAUCGAUGGCGAAGCUCUGUCGACGCUAGUGGUCAACAGAUUAAAAAUUGGUUUACAGGUUGCCGCGGUUAAAGCACCUGGUUUUGGAGACAAUAGAAAGGCAACGCUUCAAGACAUGGCAAUUUUAACUGGAGGAAUUGUGUUUGGAGAUGACGCGAAUCUCGUAAAAUUAGAGAAUGUACAGUUAUGCGAUUUAGGCGAAGUAGGGGAGGUCGUAAUUACAAAGGAUGAUACACUUUUCCUUAAAGGCAAAGGAAAAAAAAAUGACGUUGAUCAUCGAGCAGACGUACUUAGAGAUCAAAUUGCAAAUACAACUUCCGACUAUGAGAAGGAAAAAUUACAAGAACGUUUGGCAAGAUUAGCAUCAGGCGUUGCAGUUUUGAGAGUUGGCGGAAGCAGUGAAGUGGAAGUGAAUGAAAAGAAGGACCGUGUUCACGAUGCCCUAAACGCCACUCGUGCUGCCGUUGAAGAAGGCAUUGUUCCUGGAGGUGGUACUGCUCUUCUACGAUGUAUCCCAGCUCUUCGAAAUUUGAAAGCAUCGAAUAACGAUCAAGAAACGGGAAUAAAAAUAGUGGCAGACGCUCUGCGCAUGCCAUGUUUGCAGAUCGCUCAAAAUGCAGGUGUAGAUGCUAGUGUAGUAGUAGCAAAAGUUAGCGAAAGUAACCUUGGUUACGAUGCUCUGAAUGACGAGUAUGUCAAUAUGAUCGAAAAGGGUAUCAUUGAUCCAACGAAGGUAGUCCGUACAGCACUUACCGAUGCCGCAGGUGUUGCAUCGUUACUUACAACCGCGGAAGCAGUAGUUACCGAAUUGCCUAAAGAAGAGCCUCAAAUGCCAAUGGGUGGUGGCAUGGGUGGUAUGGGUGGUAUGGGAGGUAUGGGUGGUAUGGGUAUGUAAUUAAGCGAAAUCCCAUGCAAAGACUGAAUUUCAUAUUGUAAUUAAUGUUUGGCAAAAAUUGCAAUUCAGUCGCAAUAUCAUCUCACUUAUUGGAAAUUGCGAUUAGAACUGUAAGUAUACGACCCAUCAUUCUCCAAUCGUGUAUCCAGAAAAGCCGAACGUGUUUAAUUAUACUUUAAAGCAAAGGAUAGACACAUAGAAAACAAGUUUGUUCCCUACAUGUUGUAAUAUUUGUUCUAUACUCAUUUGUCUUUAUUUUGCAUUUAUAAAGAUUAUUGUUUUAUUGAGAAUGUACGUGUAAUGAAAAUUAAAUUUUCAUUAGAACAAAUGUAUAUUUGUUUUGAGAAGUUAUGUCGCGAUAAGAUUCAGGGUAAAUGAUCGAAUCGUCAUACUACCUUUCAAAAUUUGAAUUAAUUUGUAAAAUUCCUCUGGUUUCUUCCAACUAACGAGCCAUUUAUUUGUGUCUCGAAAACAUUUAUUAAAUUGUACACAAUAAACAAUUUUGUUUACUUUUUAUCAUUGAUCUCGCCAAAAAAUAAAAUGUAUCUGUUCACGAAUUUUUAAAUAGUUCGGAAUAGAAAUAAUAAUUUCUGGUGCAUUUUAUAUAAUUUCCUGUCUGUGUAGAUGAAUGAAAAUGCAAGUGUACAGACGUGUGUAUCGCAAUCAUCGCAAUAGGGUAAAAAUAGAAGUGUCGCAUACUUUUUGUAAGUGUUACAAUUUAUUUUUCAUUUUUUAGUCUCAAUAAAUGUAUGUUAAAAUGUA